GUCACUCGAUCAAAUCUCACAGAAGAAUUAGUUUGAGUUGCGGGCAUAGAUAUCCGGUUUAGGCCAAACAAAAAAAAAAAUCAACUAAUAAUUUUUUGUUGCUUUAACCUUCUUCGUUCUUCCAAUAACCUCAAUUUCUCUGGAAUUCACCUUCUCCCUUUCUCCCACGCCGACAACGGUCUCCUCCUCAUUCUCAUCUCUCACGACUUCGCCGCCUCUUUCCUUUUGCAGUGUUGUUUUUUUUUUGUGAGUGUGGCGUGAUGGCAGAAAGUGCAGAAUACAAGAGCGGUUUAAAGAAGGAAAAGGUGUUGAAAGCAUUAUUAGAAGAUCCAAUACUUAGUGAUGUACCUAAGAAUCCAACUUUGGAAGAUGUAGAAACACUCAUAGGACUUGAAUUAGGUAGUGCUAUGCGAAUUUCUGUUUUGAAAUUGGAUGCAACUUCGUUUCAUGUCAUUCUUAUGAAUACAGCAACUGUUAAGGAUUUGAAACUUGCUAUUAAGAACAAAAUCAAUUAUAUGGAACAAUCUAGUAUGGGUCAUCGUCAUAUUUCUUGGAGGAGUGUUUGGGCUAAUUAUUGUUUGUCAUUCGAUAAUAACAAGCUUCUAAACGAUGAUGACACGCUUCAGAAUUUCGGUGUGCGGAAUAAUUCUCAGGUACACUUUGUCCCCUAUGUCAUGACAAAAGAAUCUAGAAGACACUCAAAAAGGAGAAAGCACCGGUUUUUUCAUGGCCUUAGUAAGCUUUUCUGAUCAAACACGUUUAGAGUUUGAGCUCAUGGGGUGUACCAUGUUUUGAAAACUCAGUUGGUCGAGUUUUCUAUCUCAUUACUUGCCCUAAAAGGCUGAGCAUACCUGACAACAGAGCUUCAACAUCCAUUCUUGUUUUAACUUAUUUACAGGCUUUGUUUGUUGGCGUUUCCUAGCAUAGAAUUAGAUAAGCCAAUGUGACACUCAUUUUUCAUUCGAACUUGUACUGUAUGGAAAAUGACAAGGUUUGUCUUGUGCUUUAAUAGAGGAAUUUGUGUCCGAACUCCGUAAUCCUUAUGUUGAGCUGCAAGCAAGUAUAUUCUGGGAGGCAACUGACA